AUGGAUAAUAAUUUGAAAACUCUACAUGAUGAAGUGGACUUUUAUAGGCAAAAUCAGGCAAUUCUAGAACAAGAAAUACAUAAAUUAAUAGAAGACAAUCAAAAAUUAUCACAGCAAAUUGAACAUUUACUAAGAGAGAAGCAACGCGACGAGAGACCACUACAUAACAAUAAUUCUGAUAAAGAAAUAGAUGAACUGAAAAAACAAAUUCAGUUAAUAACUAAGGCAGGUACUGUUUAUUAUUUCAUCACCUCAACCGUACAACGCCCAUUGCUGGGCACAGACCUUCCUCGCAGAUCUCUACGACGGGCGAUCCUGUUGGCCCUUGAGGGGAAGGCAUUAUUGCAUUGCACUUCCACAGCCGCUCAUAGAACCGAGAGAGAUUCCCUACACGUACUUUGGCAGACGUCACAGAAAACAAUCGACGCUUUAGAAGUUGAAUUGAAAACAUAUCAAAGUUAUGACAAUAAUGGUAAACAUGAAUCAAAUGAAGGAAUACGAGAAUUACAGCUUAAAUUCGACACAGUUCUCCAAGACUACAUAGAAUUAGAAACAAAAUAUAAAGAAUUAAAUGCGAAGUUUAAUUCCUUAGAAACCGAAUCGAUAUACAAGGAUAAAGAAAUUAACACUUACAAAGAAAGGGGUAAAGAACUCGAAAACAAACUGAAACAAAUCACGGCAGAAUUAGAUGAAUUUAAAAUCAAUUUAGCAGCAGAAAAGAAAAAUAAUGAAGAAAUGAGAACUCAACUGCUGUUGUGUCAAAAAGAAAGUGCUGACAAAAUGAAAAAAGAAUUAGAAGCUAAGUCAAAGGUAAGGUUCAAAGAGCCUUAUUUGUAUUUCUUGAUUUCUCCAUGGCAACCUUACUGGUUUUCUUUCUUGUAUAAAAGUAAAUUAAUUUUCUAAACUCAAUAAACAACUCAUAUCCUAUUUGUACUUUUCGUAUUUGAAUUGAUACCUAAGUUUCGAACUUUGCAAAUUUUAGUUUUUUCAUAUGUUAGUUAAAAGGAACGGAAAUAACUAUCUUUGAUCCAUUCGUUUCCUGCAAAAAUCAACUUUUGGUAGAAUCGACAUCUAGUGAGGUGCUUUUUUAGUUCUGUUUUUUAGUUCUCAUUAAAAAGAAUUUAAAACCAUAUUGUCCUUUUUAGGUAGCAGAAGCUCUUCAACUUUUUGAUUUAG